UUGUGUAGAAGAGGCGCUGACGUCAGUGAAAUGCGACUUGUAUGCGACGUGCAGUGUUAUCGAAGGACACGAGAGUGAAGUAUGGAUUAAAAUACCAGAAAAUACCAAGGAAAGAAAUUACAGAGGCCAUUUGGGAGUUAUUAUGGCACUCUCGGCUCUCUCACGUGCCCUGCGGUCAGUAUCACUGACAGGAGGUGGUCGGAAACAGGUGCCCUCACAGGGGCUCUUUUGUAGCGUAGGUGUUGCAGAGAGAAGUAGAGCCUCGCAGGUAUCCCUCCUUCCAAGUGUCAGCAUUGCGGUGUCUCAGUGGCGAGGGUUCCUCACAACAGCCUCCCUGGAACAGAACAGGAAAUUCUGGAAGAUCAGGGAGAAGUACACCAUCCGACCCAUUGGUGUGAAAAAGACAGGGGGAAGAGACUGGACAGGAAGGAUCCGAACACAUGGUAUUGGGGGUGGCCACAAACAAAGAUACCGCAUGGUAGACUUCCAGCGACUGCGAUAUGAAUCGGGGAAAGAAGAGCCUUUUGAGGAGCGAAUCAUGGAAGUCAGAUACGAUCCAUGCAGAUCGGCAGAUAUAGCCUUGGUUGCAGGUGGUAAUCGGAAACGCUGGAUUAUUGCCACAGAGAACAUGGAGGCCGGGGACCUCAUCAAAACCUCAGGGGUUAUUGGCCGCAUGGCAGUCGCAGCCAAAGAGGGUGAUGCCCAUCCUCUUGGGGCCCUCCCGGUGGGCACCCUGAUCAAUAACCUGGAACUGCUCCCUGGCAAAGGUGCCAGUGCCAUACGCGCAGCGGGCACAUCUGGAGUGCUUCUACGGAAAGUCAGUGGCACAGCUAUAGUGCAGCUACCCUCCAAACAUCAGGUCCAGGUUUCAGAGACAUGCGUGGCCACCGUGGGGAGGGUCUCUAACAUAGAUCACAACAAACGUAUCAUCGGUAAGGCCGGGCGCAACCGCUGGCUUGGCAUCCGACCAUCAAGCGGCCUGUGGCAGAGGAAAGGAGGGUGGGCUGGACGGAAGAUCAAACCCUUGCCGCCUAUGAAGAUUUACGUCAACCAGCCCUCCGCGUCUGCCCGAACGUGAGCGCGUCAUCUGACAGGCCCUCGACAAACCUGAAGAGACUUUAUGAUUUGUAUUAAAAGUCAGAGUGGAAAGUAGGCGAUGCUUGUAUGUCUUCAGUAGGUCUGUCACACACUAUAUGAGCAGAUGUGUGUUGGUUUGUCUUGGCUGGUUCCUCUUAACCAAACAACAGUGAACUCAGAUCAGUUCAGUGUAAAAUUCAUCAUCAAAAUGAAACGAGGCUCAACACAUUGCUGAAGUAUUUGUCAGCUGUAGCAGACACUUGAAGAGAAAUACAGACAGUCUUUUGAAAGAAUACACACAUUUAAAGAAGGUUACAAACAUUUUUCUUUAUUAAACACAAUCGCUUUUGUGAGCGCAUGGGGUUGGGGGAGGGUCAAUACAAAAGUCCAAUAUGUAUGUACAACUAUCAUAAAACAUGCAAAGAUUAAACCAUGUUUUCUUUAA